CUCUUAAGGACUGGUGGUAAUGCUUGCACAAAUCCUGUGUUUCUUUUCUCUCUCUCUCUCUCUCUCUCUCUCUAUCUAUCUGUCUGUCUAUCUAUCUAUCUAUCUAUCUAUGGUUGUGCGGGUGGCCAACUCUUCUCUCUAACAAACCUUAGCAAGUAAGUGGCCACCCACAUACGUUCCAAAUUAGGACCAUUUAAAUCAGGAGCUAUUUAGAUCAUUCCUUCUGUCCUUUUUCUCUCUCUCACCUCAAACCCCGUUCUUCACUCUCUACCUCCACUAUUUGCACCUAAUUCUCCAUAUAUAUCUGUCCUUUUUAUGUAUAUAUAUGAGCAAGCUAGCUUGGAGAAAAGAACGAGGAAUAGUGGUGGACUAAUUCAUAGUUAGAUCUCUUCUCACAGAAGCAAAGGGCGUCUUCUCCUCUCUCCCUCUUCCCUCUCCACUUCCCCCAACCCACCCCAAACAAAGUUACAUGCAAAGGAAGAGGUCCUCCAUCUUGUCUCUUCUACCUACAAAUACUCUCGACAUCUUCUCCACUCCAUCCACCUUGCUUGCUUCGUCCAUCAGUGACUCUCCUUUUUCUUGUUCUCCUUUCUUUCUUUCUAAGAUCCUAUCUUUCUCACUAAGCUUAGAGGAAGGAAAUGGAAGCUGCAGAAGAAGCCUCGGGCAUCGACGUCGGCGAGUGCGGCAGCUGCAACGGGGAAUUCCUACAGCCUGCCGUCGUCGCGAAGGGCAAGCGCACGAAGCGGCAGCGGAGCCACCCGCGGCUGCACACGGUCCUCGCUGACUCUUCGUCGACCUCCUCGUCCGAGCACUCGGAGAGCAAAACCGAGGAGGACGAGGACGUGGCCAACUGCCUCAUCCUUCUUGCGCAGGGCCGCGCCCGACUCACCGAUCCCGGGCCUGGACCGGAAGGCCUACCAGGAGAGGCCGCCGAUGGCGACGGCGGCGGCGUGGCCCAGAAGUCCAGUAGCAGAAGGCCUCCUGAGGCCGCGGCGACAACCGGCUGCGCCUAUGAAUGCAAGACGUGCAGCAGAUGGUUCCCGUCGUUCCAGGCGCUCGGCGGGCACCGUGCCAGCCACAAGAAACCUAAGCUGACCGCCGCGGCGACGAUCGCCAUCGAGGAAAGAAAAGAAUCGAUCCAUGAUCGCCUGCUGCAAACAAGUACGAAUCGUUUCUCGCAUCCGGUUCGUGGUGUUGAUCAGAGUAACACUAAGACGAAGACCCACGAGUGCUCGAUAUGCGGUUCAGAGUUCAGUUCUGGACAGGCGCUCGGCGGCCACAUGAGGCGGCACAGGCCACCGGUGGCGGCCAUUCCAGAGAGCCAAGACAUCAAGAAGGAGAGGUUCCUUCUUCCUUUGGAUUUAAACCUCCCGGCGCCCAUCAACGACGACGCUCAGAUCCCUCCUCCGCCAGCUUCCCCAUUCGCCCCUGGGCGACCGCUCGUCUUCGCGGCGUCCGCCUCAGCUCUUGUCGACUGCCGCUACUAAGAAGAAGCAACAUCAAAGCCGAUCAAGCUGCCCAUCUUUCUCUCCAUCUCAUCAACCUCUCUCCUUCCCCCUCCAAUCGGGUGUCAGUCGGAUCAUGUGAAUCAUUAUCAUCUCCUUCAUGGAUUUCAUCCUCUCUCAAGAAGGCAGGUGCGUGGCCGGUGUGAGGAGGUAGAGGUGUCACUGCGGGCUCACGUAAAGGCAGUGAUCUCGUUCUCUGUGACAGCGGGCGACUCCACCACCAAGCAAACAGGCCGUGGAUUAGGUUUCUUUUUCCCAAAGGAACAAAAGCAAUGGAUACCCGAGGCAAGUCGAUAUCACGCUUCUUCUACCUUUACAAGCACAAACUCAUGCCUUCUUUUCAUUCUUUCUUCCUCAUAUUAUGAUGUCUGUUUGUGAUGAGGUCAGAGAGAUAGAGAUGUGAUGUCCACCUUUGUGUUCCAAGUGAUCUCUUUACAACUUGCUUAGUGACUGACUUAGUUCAUGACGUGCUUUACAAGAAAGCAUGCCAUGACUUGAAGGCCAUUUGAGCAAUCGGACCCUAUCGUGGGCAAACCUAUA